GUGACGUUGUCAUGAUCCGCUGCAUCGUGACAGUGGCUCUCCUUAGUAGCGCUGCCUGUCUAGCGCAAGUGGAUUGCAAUGAUGGCUCUUGCUGCUCAACAUACAUCGAAAUUAACGAUCCCCGCCGCAGCAUUAAGGCUAUUUGGGAACCGGGACAAGAUCCAAUAUGUGAUCGGGGACUCGGAUGGGGAUGGUAUCGUUUCACAAGCUUCGCUGGGGGAAAAAUGCUAGAAAAGAAAGUAUCACCGAACCGCUGUGGUACGCAAGCUCCAAUAUGGUUGGACGGAGUGCAUCCCACAGCGAUAGGAGAAAACGUCGUCCGCAGAGCUUGUGUUAACGUUUUAGAUUUGAGCAACGGUUGCUUUACUUCGUUUGACAUUAAUAUAACAAAGUGCGCAGAUGACGUAUUCGUUUACUAUCUAAGACCACCAUGGUAUUGCGCAGUCGGUUAUUGUGCUGGCUUCGGGGAACCAUGUCCUUAUGGGAAAGAAGGAAAACCUCCUGACUGCCAUGGUAGCAUUCAACAGAUUACUUUUACACCAACGAUACCCGCCCGUGAACAUGAGAUCUUUGGAUACCCAAAGUUCUAUUUCUGGCUUCCCGAUGAAGUACAGUUAGUAAACCAGCAGCAAUGCGAAAUCGAGUUGAAAGGGACUACACCAGUCACUUUAAACAUUAAGGCAACCUGCCCUCAAAACACUCAAAUUUCCACUGGACUUCGAGCCAUAGUUCCACAGAGAUCUGAAAUCCACGACCCGUUUUGGUUGCGUGCUAAUCUUCCAACAGUAUGGGUUACUAUUUUACAACCACCGGCUAAUACCAUAGAAACAUGUACAUCGAUCACAGAUCCUCAUUAUUCGUCUUUUGGAGGGUAUUUCGAUUUUAUGGGCCUUGGUGACUUUAUACUUUACAGGAAUACGGAAAGGAACUUUGAGGUUCAUACGAGGCAGUGGUCGUCUAACGGUAUAAAGCCGGAAGACCACCAGCCCGGACAGAGAAGAGUCAGUUGCAAUUGUGGUGCAGUCCUUAGAGAUCACAAUGACGUGAUUGAGUUCAGCUGUUGCAACGAUUUUAUGCUUCGGGACGACACAACGCCUCUUACUGUCAAAAUACGAAGCAAGAAGUGCUUAUCUCCUGGAAUUUCCAUAAAAAAGGUUAUACCCGGGAGCAGUAGCCGAUAUGAAGUGCUGUUCCCAUCAGGAGCAAAGGUUGAAAUAGCAAGAAACUAUUGGGGACUUGAUGUUUCCCUUUUCACACCAAGGGCAAAGGACGUAAACAAUGAAAGAGGACUUUGUCUUCACAAUCCCGCUACAAUCGAUGCGGAAGGGAUGAAGGAAAGGCUGGAGGUCGGUGAAAGCUUUUUUGAUACACUUCCGGAUGACGUAAACGCAGGCUAUGUGGAAUAUGCCAGGGCAUGUUUGUGUCCCAUAGAUGGUCAAAACAGUCAAACUCAUUGCCAAAAUGUAUUUGAUGCCGCUUUUCCCACUCUACUGAACACAGCUAUGGAAGAUGCCUCGCCUACAGAUUUGUGUGAUCGACAGAAGAGGGAUAUUCACUACUCCGAUGAUGUCACAGAUGAAGAUUUACAGUUAUUUAAGCAUACACUUCACGCGCAUCAUCGUUUCAGGAGGGCAGUAGCUGACGACCAAAUUCCUAAAGAAAACGCCACACGUUAUUGUGCUGAGAGAAUAUCCGACACUAAGCUUGGUAAGCUCUGUGCGCAGUUUGGAGUGAAUGUACAGCAGCUAGUUGAGACAUGUUCGGCUGAUUUAGAGUUUACAGGGGACCUCUCCUUUGCAAGUGGUAGUGUGGCAGUAUUGGUCGAACAGUGUGGAAUACUGGGUGCCAAAAAUCUAUCCAUGCUUGCAAACAAAAGUAGCGAAGCAAAUCCCGCGGCUGAAGCCUUGGUUGAACAAGUCGCUGAGUUGCUGUGUCCAAAUGAUUGUACUCUAAACGGAGAAUGUGUUAAUGGCUCCUGCGUAUGUUACAAAGACUACACAGCUUCCGAUUGCUCGGUGUCCAUCUAUCAAUUACCUACAAUCACCAGGUUGCAGGAGGACGGCUUAUGUGACAAGCGCAAACGACCAUGCGAGAAGGUUACAGUAUUUGGCAUUGACUUCCGCAAUUCUACAAACAUGACUUGUCAUGUAAACGAAUUCAAGGUUGUUGAUAGCCCUUGGACGCCGAACAGUAUAGAACAAAGAUUCUCUGGUAAAAUGACAGACUUGGUACUUGUUGACUGUUAUUUACCACAGUUCCCGGUCACGCAAAAUUAUUUCUCAGACGUUGAUAGAGGGACUGCUGCCGCUGGCCUGAUGAUAUCUGUAUCUAACGAUGGUGAACACAAAAGCGUCAAAAAUCUUACCUUUUUAUCGUAUGAUUCAGCUUGCAUGACUUGUAACAUUUCUUCUGGAUGCUUCUUCAAGGGGAACUCUUGCCUGAUAAAUGGUUAUUGCUUCGCCCCAGACGAGAAAAACCCUACCGACUGGUGCUACCAGUGUCUUCCUAAGGUCAACACAACCUCCUGGACGAAACGUCAAGCUAACCUUCCACCCACGUUUUCGCCCACCACCGAGUACUUCGCUGUAUCUGGAGAAGCCUUGCAACUGACCAUUGAUGUUGUGGACCCAGAGGGCAUGCCUGUUACACUUUCACUAAUGCAAGGAAGCCCAACCAAAGCGUCGGUCGUCGACAAAGAUUUGAUUUGGAAUGCCACCAAUGAUACCUCGACUCAGUUUUUUCUCAAAGCAACAGACGCUUGUCAAGCCACAUCGUAUGCUAAUAUCAGUGUGUCCUUGGUUGUCUGCCAGUGUCAGAAUAAUGGAACCUGUAUGCCCCACCCAAACAAGCCAAGAGGGUCAGGGUUUUAUGCGUGUAAUUGCAUGCCAGGGUUUACUGGGGAAAACUGUGAGACUAACAUCGACGAUUGCCGGUCCUUUCCAUGUAUUCGAGGUCGGUGCAUCGAUGGAAUCAAUACUUACAGGUGUAUCUGUGACCCUGGAUAUGUUGGUCGCAAGUGUGACAGCGAUUAUGAUGAUUGUAGUUCUUCUCCUUGUGCCCAUGGAAAUUGCACGGACUACACCGGCGCAUACAGAUGUACUUGUGAUCCUGGAUACCGAGGGCCUAAUUGUACUGAGGAUAUUAAUGAAUGUGAGUCAUCGCCCUGCGCAUUUGGAGCAUGCGUCGAUCACGUUAACAAAUACUCUUGUGUAUGUGAUGACGGUUACAAAGGAUACGACUGCGACGUUGAAAUCGACGAAUGCCUGCCGUCUCCUUGCAUUCGUG